AUGAAGAGCGACGCACUGAUACCACGGAGCGAAAACGGCGACUUUCAGCGGCCAGGAGCCCAGUUCAGAGAUGCUGUUUCUCCGGACCCUGAUGGUAGAUUUCCUGCUGAAAGUGGACGCUACCAUCUCUAUGUCUCAUAUGCCUGCCCUUGGGCACACCGUACACUGAUCGUUCGCAAACUAAAAGGCCUUGAAAAUAUUGUGGGAGUGACCGUUGUGCACCCUCAUAUGUCUCUCGUGGAAGGUUGGCGCUUUUACAACAGCGGAGAAGGCGCAGCCGAAGAGGGCUGUGUUCCCGAUCCCCUCCAUCCGGGAGUCAAACGAUUGAAAGAACUGUAUCUGAAAGCUGAUCCGGGAUAUUCGGGCCGCUUUUCUGUACCAGUUUUGUGGGAUAAAACCAACGGGACUAUCGUCAACAAUGAAAGCAGCGAAAUAAUUCGCAUUUUGAAUUCCGCAUUCAAUCAUCUGCUGCCACCAGAAACCCAGAAAAUAGACAUCUACCCACCAAGACUGCAAUUCCAGAUUGACUCCGUUAAUCUUCAGAUAUACGAGAACAUCAACAAUGGAGUCUACAAAUGUGGCCUUGCAAAAAGCCAACAAGCCUACGAUAGGGCCAUCGAAGACCUCUUUAACCAGCUUGAUGCCGUGGAAUCCCAUCUACAGGUCAAGCAUAAUGGAGGGCCAUUCUACUUCGGGCGAUUGCUCACGGAAACGGAUAUACGACUUUUUGUGACAGUCGUCCGAUUUGACAUUGUUUACUACAACCUCUUCAAGACAAACCGGAAACUGAUUCGAUUCGAUUAUCCGAACAUUCAUCGCUGGAUGCAGAAUCUAUAUUGGAAUAUUUCCGAGUUUCGUUGGACAACAAAUAUUGGCCAUAUCAAGCAGCACUAUUUCAGUUUGACCAUUCUUAACCCUUGGGCUAUUGUGCCGGAUGGCCCGUUGCCUGAAGUGGUGCCGAUUUCUUGA